UAGGAUAAGGAAUACAAUGUACAGAAGGGAUCCAAUCCGGUUUAAGCUAGUUUUGGUGCAGAUGGAACAUUUAUGUUCGUAAGUUACAGUGUGUUCUGUCGAUAUACUGCGGAGGCUGGCAUUGUCCAUUCUUAAGGCGAGCGCACACUUUACCGUGACCGCUGAAGACUACGUUGUUAUAUAGUAGACCACAAAAGCUAAGCAACCAUGGCGAAAAGAAACAAAGCUAAUGAUAAUGCUGAAGUGGAGCCCAAGAGACGAUCCAUCCGGUUGUCCAACAAAUCACAGCCAGAGCCCAAGGCGAAGCCACAGAAGGCUGCUCCUAAGCCCAAAAAGGCUAAGGAUGUAGAAAAGGCCAAGCCAGAGGAGAAGAAAGAAGAAGUGGAGACUGAGAAGGAAGAGGCAGCACCAGAAAACGGAGAGGCCAAGGAAGAAGCUGAGAAGGAGGCGCCAGCUUCAGAUACGGCGGAUGAAAAGGGAGACGAGACUGAGGCAAAGGAUGAAGCAACAGAGUAGUAAAGACCAUAAACUCAGGCACCCCCUGUACCUCCAUUCUUGUAUAAUGCAGAGAGUAUUUUUAUCAACUAUUUUCUUAAGAAAAGACAGUGAGGUUUAAGUGAUAUGAUUGCAGAAAUGCAUUUUAAAUACUAAAAGACACACUUGAAAAGAGAUUCCUUUGUAUUCAUGGUUUUUGGGAUUUAUUUCUGGUUUUAGGCUAAUGUCUUUUUCCUUUUGCUCUUAUUUUGUUUUGCUCUUAUUUUGUUUUGCUCUUACAUAGCGCUGAAAUGACUUCUUUAAGAGGGAGGGGCAGGUUGCAGUUAUCUGCAUGACAUGUAAUCGAGCCUAUAUCAGGAAUGUAAUGUUGACCGGCACAGUUUGCCUGAAACAUUGCAAAGGCUACAUGAGGGAUUUUGUUUGUACCAUGAAUUGUGAAUUCUUACAUGCCAUUACGUUACUUUCAUUUGUCUGAUAGGAAUUAAGAUGGUUGUGGCUGUUAAAACUGUGCACUACACCACGUGAUUUCUUUCGCAUACAUUUGGUUUCUUGAAUCCACAGUUCAGUGUUAUCAUCAUGCCCACUCAAACUGGAAUUGAUCAGAUGUGUCCUUGACUUCUGUCAAUCGUUAGGCAACAUUGUAGUAACAUUUGUAUAGCUGCUGUGAAACGGCUUUCUUUCUGAAUCAUAAUAGCUGAAUGCAGUAUGUGACGGUACAUUGUGAGGAUGGGUCGGUGGGCGAGUGUUUUCUAACCAUCGCAUUGUGCAUUACAUUGUUAAUCAUACUGGCCAUACCUUAUCGUUUUAGCAUACUAAUAAUCAAAAUACUGUAAUUAACUUUAUCCUACCAGUGUAUGUGCCACAAGUAGCUGCCAUUGUACAGUUUUCAGUUUUUUGUAGUUCUCUCAUGACUGGCAUAAAAGGCUUAUUAAAAUGGGCAUAAUUUCUCAUAAGUGUCUUUAUCCCGAGUCAAAAUGUGCUCCAGCGUACUUGGAAAAAUUGCAACUCAGAAAAUAUAGUGCUACCUCGUGGCAUUUACCUCCGGAAGGCUUUACGCUUUUUUUAACCACUCGGAGAGCUAGUUGUGUGGCGUGAAGAGGCUAAAAAGUAAUUCUAAUAAAAAAAAAACCACAAUGUUUUCGCACACUGUUGAUAUCAAAUGAGAUAGAAAACAAGACGCAAUUCAGUCGUUU